UGACGCGAAUACGGUCACUACACAUGUUUCGAGCUCCGGACGCGCUGUUCCAUCCGCAUUUUUAUUUUUCUUUCUGAUAUUUUCUUAGCGUUUUCAACGUUUUCACAUUUCGGAUUUAUUUUAUUUUAUUUUAUUUUCAACAACAACUACUCCAUCAUGGAACAUCUGGGAUACGUGUACAGGAACACAGAGACCAGACCGAACGGACUCAGGCUAUAUGUAUGCGACGUAGUCGGGUGUUUUGCUACGGCGAAAAAGACCAUCCGCGGCCGCGUGACUAUGACGCGUCCGCACACUCAUCCGACAUCUAACCAGAGCUUGGCGGGUGACAAUACAAACACGAAUCUGAUCGAAACGCUAGCUUUUAAAGCUGCACUGAAAGCAAAGGUGAACGCCGGCCAUGGGAGGUUGAUCGACAUUUAUAGAUCGGAGGCUGUAAACUAUCCAAUCGGUGCUGCCAAUUAUCCAUGGACCUCGGCAUGUUCGCUAAUGUCUCGAAUAAGGAAAACUGGUUUACCAGUCCCACCGGACUCGCUCAGAGAACUUCAUAACUUAUUCGUUAUGCGUGUACUAGAUCGGUUUAGUGUCAACAACCGAACCAUGUACAGAGGUUUUGCGUCAGACCAAAAUGAAAAUAUAACUGCUAUUUUUGCGUGUCGUGAUUUACUCGAUCUAGUUUUGAGACAAAAUCCUACUAAUAUGUACGUCGACGUAACAUUUAGAUUCAUUCCAUCGAAACCGAAAGCAGUACAAUUAAUGACUAUGCACUUCGAAGUUGAUAACUGCAGUUUUCCCGUUAUAUACUGUUUGAUGGAAGAUGACAGUGCUUCGUCGUACUUUAAGGCUAUCAAAUUCAUUAAAGAAUGUGUGUUAUUUGAUUACUGUCCCCGUAACAUUUUUUCGGAUAUUAAUUCGCGUAUAAUGACUCCAUUAGGGUAUUAUUUCCCUACUGCAUCUAUUGAUUUUACUUGGUUUCAGCAUAAUCAGAUGGUAUAUGAACAAAUGAUCAGAUUUGGCUACUCGAGUCUAAUCAUGGACAGUGGAAUCGCAUUCAAAUGUUUAAAAAUGUUAAUGGCGCUGCCGCUACUACCGCCAAAUAAAAUAGUUGCCGGGUUUGAAGAAGUAAAAGCGUAUGCGUACAGGAUGCAAGUUCACAUACCCAGACUAUUUGACUAUUAUCUUGUGAAUUGGUUGCAUGAAGUCGGUACGAAUAAUUUAUCUUUAUACUUAAAGCCAACAAGAACAAUCAACAAUCUCGAGAUGUUCCAUAAAAGGUUGAAUCGCGUGUUUCGAACUAAGCCGACUAUUUGGACGUUUCUGAGUACCAUUUAUAAUCUUAAUAGUACAUACUUCGCAGAAGCAGAUCGGCUUAUUCAGGGAGGUAUCCCGACUAAAAGUCUUAGAAGUGAGCUUAUGUACAACAAUUUCAAGAUUAGAACCCACACUCAUAGACUGGUGGAAGGCAACCUUAUGAUCAAAGAUUUUAUACUUUUGUGCUCGGAAUCUCUGAACAGUUAUGAAGAACAUUUAAAAUGUUGGACUGAUAAAAUUUUAUUGAAUUGGCCAUUUAAUCAAAGUAUGUACAUUAUAAGAAUUGAUGAUGUUGAGCCGGUGGAACGAAUAUCUGAAAUGUCCGGUGCCGCUAUCCGUGAAUAUAUAGCAGAAUUUGACCGAGAAUUAGUGGCACCAUCACCACCACUAUAUCCACAAAAUGAAUUAAUGUCACCAUCACCACCACCACAAGAACAAAAUGAAUUAGUGUCACCAUCACCACCACCACAACAACAAAAUGAAUUAGUGUCACCAUCACCACCACCACAACAACAAAAUGAAUUCGAAAGCACAGUUGACAAUAAAGUACACUCACCAGCUUCACCAGAAACCGAUGAUCAGUCUUCAGAAACACAUGGGUUUUGUAUGGUCUGUCUUUCAAAGGAUCACGAACGCAAGUACUUAAUUGUACCUUGUGGGCAUACUUGGGUAUGUCAAAAGUGUCGUGAUCAAGAUUUAAAAACCUGUCCAUACUGCAGAGAUGAAAUACAACUUUUUGUACGCGUUUUGGAAACAAGCAUUUAGAAAUUAUACAUUGGCCAAAGUCAAUUUUAUUCAGGUACAAUCUCCAUGCAAAAUAUUUACUACUCGUCGAUACUUUUAAUUUUUUCUCAGUAAUAUUAUUUUAUAAUAUUUACAUCUAAAUUUCAGUUGUCGUAAUAAUUGUACCUACAAUUUAUUAUACAAUUUUGUCUCAAAAACGCAGCGUCGACCUUUUUUGUCGGAGAUUGUAUCUAUUCCUUGUAAAUGGGUAUUUUAAUAUUAUAAUGCUUAUUGGAAAAUGACUUAACUAUUUCAUUUUAAAUAUUAUUGUAAUUGAUAAAGUUAUCAAUUAAUUUUUACGUUUUUUUUUUUGUUUUAGAAUACUUAACUAUUUUUUAGAUUUAAAUACAUUUUUUUCUUUUUAUAUUUCACUUUAAGUCUGAGACAACAAUAUGUUUAAAAACACUAAUUACGCUUAUAAUAAUUGACUGAUUAAAGUAACUCAAUAAUUAUGGCAGAUUUUAUGUAAAGCCAUAAAAUACUAUAAUGAAUA